UCGAGUAAUUCCUAUGUUCUCCUGAACAGAAAUACCCAUUGAAGGUGCUUCUACUCAGAUGGUGUAAUUUUAUGUCGCUCUUAUUCCAGUCUGUGUUUUACAGACAAAGUCACUGAGAGGGGCUCAAAGGGACCGUUUGGUAGGGAAGCUUACUGCAAUUGGACAAGUGGACAAGAGACGCAGAAAGACCAAAUAGGAACAAAUACAAAGAGACUAACUCCACUCCUCCUCUCUCUCUUGGGCCCCAUGCUGAUCUCACUACAAUUGUAACCCAGCUUUGAAGCCUUUCUUCCACCAGCACUUGUACCUUCUCUUUAAUCUAGUCCCUGUUGUGUGUUUCAGGUUUGCCUCCAUCCCAGAAAGAUGACUUUCUCCAGCCUGUACUAUACAGAAUGCGGGGUGGCCCGACCAAGUCCAGUUACUGGCAGCUCCAAUGAGCCGUGCGUUAGGCAGUGCCCUGACUCCGAAGUGGUGAUCAGCCCCUCACCGGUUGUUGUGACCCUCCCCGGACCAAUUCUCAGCAAUUUCCCACAGCAAAGCGAAGUGGCAGCAGUAGGAGCACCUGUGGUCGGAACUGGUUUUGAAGGCACAUUCGGUUUGGGGGGAUUGUACGGCUAUGGAGGCCAUUACGGAGGAUUGUAUGGUUUAGGGAGAUUAGGUGGUUACGGGGGCCAUUAUGGUUACAGGGGCUUAUUGGGCCAUGGGGGAUACUGUGGUUACCCGGGUUUUUACGGUUAUGGGGGAUUAUUGGGCUAUGGGGGACACUGCGGUUACCCAGGCCUUUAUGGUUAUGGGGGAUUAUGGGGAUACAGGGGAUAUGGCCGUAGGUAUCUUGGUGGAUAUUGUGGGCCAUGUUAAACCCAGCAGGAACACCCAUAGAAGAAUAAGAACCAGGAAAUGAAUAAUAAGAUACGGAUUCACCCCUGACCUUUUGGGCAUGGCUUUCAGAAGUGCUGGGCAACCAGGGCUCCAGUUGAACUCAGUGGGAGCUGUGUGCGCUCAGCACCUUGGGCUAACAGCCAUGCUGCCUUUCUAAUGUUACGCUUUGUGACUCUUUCUGCCAAUGCUUUCCCACCCAUGUGCUGAUUCUCUUAGUCACAUGUGGGCUCAUUCUGAAUUACACGCAGGCUGUUUACACUGACCCUGCAGUGUGAAGGGAACAGCAGCUUUAAAAUAAGCAGCAUUUAUGUUUAUUAAAACUUUAAGUCCCUUUUAGGCACCACAUUUUCUACCUUUCCAUCAGUAUGUACCUUUAGUGCCUCACUUUGAUCUUUGCUAUGGGCCGAUGUCUAAUGGAGAAGAUUCCUAGUCUCUGCUUCUAUUUCGCUUCGUCUCACUUCCCACCAACUGGAAUAAAACAAAGAACUUAUAAUGGUUACAAAGGGGACUUGUUUGUCAACCUCUGCAGCUGCAACAAAGCAAACAGGACAUUGUGUCUGAAAUGAGCCCCACUGAGGCGCAUCAUCGGUCGCAACUCUUCUUGAAACACUGGAAAUACAUUCUUUCUGCUCUGUAGUAUUUCUUCCUGUAACUGUGUACUGCCAAUUUCAUUUGCAUUAAAAACUCUGCUGCAUCAUAAUAUCGGUCUUCAGGUUCUCCUUGUUCCUCCCUGCUUGCUUAAAAAUCAUGUUGGACAAAAUUCGUCCUUAUGUAGCUGGCACUUCUCCAGUUGUAAUUUUCAAAGACUCUGGGUAGAUAGAGUCUUUUCCUGCAAAGACUUAGUGACAGAUUUUCUCUUCAUGUAAUUUUUCCCUU